CAAACAUCUAGGAGUAAAAUUCUAACACAGAAUCAUUUCACACUGUAGUGUUUCAUGCAUUAGACACCUCAAAAGCGUUCCUCUACUCGAGGCAAAAAGCAGGGUUUAGAACAGCAGUAACCCAGAGUUAAGUGUCUAGCAUCAAGGUGCCAUUAUGCUAUGUUUACACUGCAGCAACAAUCUUGCAAAGCCUCUGUUUUGUCCACUACAUGCCCAAUACAAUCAUCAUAUUAUACACACGAUUACAAUUGGAAAGAUGCAAGCUUGGAUAUAGCAUCAGUUUAAUACAUUUUUGCAAACCCAUCCAGAGAAUCUGUCAGCUUUCUGAUGUUCUAGGUUGCUCUCAAUUCAACAAACCACCAUAUUUACUCCUGCCCCUGCUUCAUUAAGUCUACAGGGAGAAGAGCUGAUCCAUCAACGAAAGUCCCAAGCUCAAGAAUGAUCCUAUAUAAAUAUGCCGAUGGCUGGUAGUAUAAUGAUAUUGUCGCAGCUCUGAACGAGUUCUUCAUCACAGGUGAAGCAAAAGCCAGACAACAGGCAUCAUGAGCUCCAUGCAGGCAGACUCCUCUACAAAUGUGACCUUUGUUCGUCCUGCAGCAUUUUUCAUCAGUGGUUUUUUUAAUAUGUCACAUGCAAAAUAUUACUAUGUGUUCUUGUCUUUAGUGUAUGUUGUGACUGUUUUGGGGAAUUCAUUUAUCAUGUGUAUCAUUUAUUUGGCCCGCAGACUUCACACGGCCAAAUACAUUGCUGUUUUUCAUCUGGCCCUUUCUGAUCUGUGUGGAAGCUCAGCUUUGAUUCCAAAAGUCAUGGACACAUUUUUAUUUGACCACCAGGUUGUUUCAUAUGAAGCAUGUUUGGCAAAUAUGUUUUUUGUAUAUCAUUUUAUGAAUCUGCAAUCUUUGACACUACUUGUUUUGGCUUAUGACAGACUGGUUGCUAUUUGUUUUCCUCUACGGUAUCAUGCCAUUGUAACCAAACCAGCCAUGUUUCUGAUCAUAGGGGUGAUGUGGAUUUUUUCUGUAACAUAUUUAUCUGUACUUGUAGGUUUUGUGAAUACACUCUCUUUUUGUAGAUCUGUUGUUAUUAAUAGUUACUUUUGUGAUCAAGGACUUAUCUAUAGACUAGCUUGUAAUGGAAAUUCUUUAAAUGUAUUGAUGGGAAAAAUUAGCUUUGGUCUCCUCAUGUGCACACCACUCAUACUGAUCAUCAUCACAUAUUUCUGCAUUUCUCUGGCUCUGUUUAAGAUUGCUCAUGGUGCUGACCGGGUCAAAGCCAUAAAAACCUGCACCUCACAUCUCAUGUUGGUGGCAAUUUUGUAUCUCCCAGUUUUAAGUAAUAACAUUGCUGCUGCCACAACACCGAUCCAUCCAAACACCCGGUUAAUUAACAUUUCAUUGACACAGACAAUACCACCUAUGCUGAAUCCCAUCAUAUACACUCUAAAGACGGAGGAGGUCAUGCAAUCCAUAAAAGAACUGUACAAACGCAGUAGGGUGUGUGCUACUAUAGAAAUAAAUAUAAAAUGCAAUGGGAGAAUUUAAAAUGAUUUAAAAAGAUUUGGUUCUUAUCAAUAUUA